AAGACAGUGAAGGCAACAUCGCCGUCAGUCUUUCGCUCGUGGGAAACGCACGCAGCUACAAAGUAUGACCGCUUCUGGGAUCGUCCGAAGGCUAGCAGCUCUGUCAGGGGCUUCAGCGGUGGCAGCUGGGGCAUACGGGGCUCACGGUUUCAAAAACAGCGACCCCGAUGACUACCAGAGAGUGCUAUUUGAAACUGCCAACAAGUACCAUUUCUAUCACAGCCUGGCCUUGCUGGGUGCUGCCCACUCUGGCAAACCCGUUGUGGCCGGUACCCUCCUGAUAGCGGGCAUGGGGAUGUUCUGUGGCUCUCUUUACCACCAGGCCCUGACAGGUGACCCUGGUCUACGCAAGAUGGCUCCCAUGGGGGGCAUAGCAAUGAUCGCUGGCUGGCUGGCCAUUAUUCUCUGAACUGUAGGGGUUCACAUCUUCUCCACAGGACCACUGUGUGACACUAAAAUGUCACACUGUCGAUGGAUGAACUGAAGAGCUUGUGAGAGUUGGCUGAGGGGGUAGAAGUGCUGAGUUAUGUCACCCAUCUAACCACUCCCUGUCCUGUCAGCAGGAGAUAAGGUCACAGCAGGAUUAUUGCUUUUCCACCAUUGCUUUCUGCUUCUGACUGGAGGCCCAGUAUGGCAUGCGUUUCGUCACCUCAAAAACUGUUGAUCUAACGUUUUUAAUGGCAUGUCAACUUUGUACUGUGAAGGAAAAUAAAAAUACUGAGCUAA